AAUCCCAAGUGGAGUGUGAGAGGCAUAUUAUUGGAAGUCCAAUUGUAGUAAUUGUAGUAACUUGCAAUAAAGGGCAUCUAAAACCCAAUCAUAUUUUUCAGCAAACCUUUGCGCGUUGGAAUUUGGAAACCAUAAAAUAGAUAGAUGCACGCAAACAGCUAGUACAAGUACAACAAGAAACAAAGAAAAAUAAGCUCAUUCAAUCAAUUACCUACAACUUUCACAUACAAGAAGGAACCCGUUCUAACUAAGUUGCUAGCUAUAUCAAUAUAGAGUUCAAGCUUAACCAUGGAAAGAUAUGAAAUAAUUAAAGAUAUUGGAUCAGGUAACUUUGGUGUUGCAAAGCUUAUAAGGGAAAAAUGGAGUGGCGAGUUAUAUGCUGUCAAGUUCAUUGAAAGAGGCUUUAAGAUUGAUGAGCACGUGCAAAGGGAGAUUAUAAAUCAUAGGUCAUUGAAGCAUCCCAAUAUUGUUAGAUUUAAAGAGGUGUUGUUGACUCCAACUCAUUUAGCAAUAGUGAUGGAAUAUGCUGCUGGGGGAGAACUAUUUGAAAGAAUUUGUACUGCUGGUAGAUUCAGUGAGGACGAGGCAAGAUAUUUCUUCCAGCAAUUGAUUUCUGGAGUCAGCUAUUGCCAUUCAAUGGAAAUUUGCCAUAGAGAUCUUAAGCUAGAAAACACACUUCUAGAUGGAAGUCCAGCACCACGACUCAAAAUAUGUGACUUUGGUUACUCAAAGUCUUCUGUUCUACACUCCCAGCCAAAAUCAACCGUAGGAACCCCUGCUUAUAUUGCACCAGAGGUAUUGUCAAGAAGAGAAUAUGAUGGAAAGAUUGCAGAUGUUUGGUCUUGUGGGGUAACAUUGUAUGUUAUGCUUGUUGGUGCUUAUCCUUUUGAAGAUCCAGAAGACCCGAAAAACUUCAAAAAAACACUUCAGCGAAUUCUUAGUGUCCACUAUUCAAUUCCAGACUAUGUUCGCAUUACUCAAGAGUGCAGACAUCUUUUAUCUCGAAUAUUUGUUGCCAACCCUGAUAAGAGAAUUACCAUACCAGAGAUUAAAAAACACCCUUGGUUCUUAAAGAAUUUGCCACUAGAAUUUAUGGAGGAUGGUGAAAAUUGGUCACAAAAUGAUGAAAGUAAUUCAUCUCAAAACAUAGAAGAAAUAUUGACAAUAAUUCAAGAGGCUAUGAAAGCAGGGGAUGGUCCAAAAGUGGGUGACCAGUUUCUUGGUGGAAGUAUGGAUUUUGAUGAUUUAGAUACAGAUGCUGACAUCGAUGAUAUUGAAACCAGCGGUGAUUUUGUUUGUGCCUUGUGAAUGAUGAUGCACUUUGUAGACAAUUCUUCCUUAAAAGUGGUUUUAAGAUAAGAUGUGUUCUUUUUUCCAUCAUCCUUAACCAUGUAAGGAACAAAGAGGUUUAGUUGAGUGGGUUUUGAUUGAUUUUCCUUUCAUUGGAAGUUACUUGUCUUCAUCUAUGUUUGAGUGGGGAAUAAUGGGGUGUUGCUGAUUUCUUGCUUUUAUAAUGCUUAUGCACUUUGCUAAAAAAAAUCAAGUUUGUAAGAUAUGUUCUUAUAUAUAUAAGGUUUCUUUAAUUAGAA